AUGGAUUCGGAAAAAGAAGAAAAAGAUUUAAAUGAUGAUAAUAAAUUGUCAAAUGUUUUCAACGAAAGAAAGCGACGGUUGGCGCAAAUCAGAGCAUCGUGCAACCAAGGUGGUUUUUUUAUUCAUAAAUAUUGUGCAAUGUUAUCGUGUUAUUAUGUGUGCAGUGAAAACCAUUCGGAAUCUCAGUUGAAUGGCAAAAAACUUCAGUCCAAAAACUGUGAACCAGUAAAUGAAGGAAAUCGUAUGAAAACAUCCAAUGUCGACUUAUUCAUUGUUGAAAGAGAAAUUAAGAAACAACUGCUUGAUACGGAAGAUACAAGUGUUGUGGAAAAUGUUGAUAUAACUACGCUGGCUCCAAAAAAGAUUGACUGGGAUCUUAAGCGGGAUGUGGCAGAGCGAAUGGAAAAAUUGGAACGAAGAACACAGCAUGCUAUCGCACGGUUGAUAAGACAGCGAUUGGAAGCGGGUAAAACUGGGCUGGAUAUUGCUGUAAAUUCAGGUGCUUAUAGUGAGUUCCAAUCUGAUGAUUAA